CAAGAGGACCCAGGCACUCGGCUGUCUGAGCGGCAAUCCGUGGAUCUGCUUUCCCAGACACCCAGGACCUGAAACAGAUUCUACACCGUCCAGCUCUUCAAACCCUAGACCCCAGACCUCGCCCGAGGACGUGAGCCACUGAUGGACUGGGACAAGACGGGGUUCAAGUACCAGGGACUGUGGGUCCCUGUGCUGGCUGUCCUUCUGCUGGGAGCCUGCCAGUCACACCCCAUCCCUGACUCCAGUCCCCUCCUCCAAUUCGGGGGCCAAGUCAGGCAGCGCCACCUCUACACAGAUGAUGCCCAGGAGACAGAGGCGCACCUGGAGAUCAGGGCUGACGGCACUGUGGCAGGAGCUGUCCACCGGAGCCCAGAAAGUCUCUUGGAGCUGAAAGCCCUGAAGCCAGGGGUAAUUCAAAUCUUGGGAGUCAAGACAUCCAGGUUUCUGUGCCAGGGGCCCGACGGGACGCUGUACGGAUCGCUCCACUUCGACCCCGUGGCCUGCAGCUUCCGGGAGCUGCUUCUCGAAGACGGCUACAACGUUUACCAGUCUGAGACCCUUGGCCUCCCACUCCGCCUGCCCCACCACAGCUCCCCAUACCGGGAUCCGGCCCCUCGGGGACCCGCCCGCUUCCUGCCCCUGCCAGGCUUUCCCCCAGCACCCCCGGAGCCUCCAGGGAUCCCGGCCCCCGAGCCCCCGGACGUGGGCUCCUCGGACCCCCUGAGCAUGGUGGGGCCUUCACGCGGCCGGAGCCCCAGCUACACUUCCUGA